GCCGCACAACAAACUGUGCUGUUGAUUCGGAGAGAAAGCGAGACAAAAGAAGGAAUCAUUAAUAAAGAACUCUAAACUUUAACGCUGUAAUAAGAGUCAGUUUAAUGAGAGGGGUUAUGAGAAGGGUUCAGCCUGACCAUGCUGAGAUCCACCGGCUUCUUCCGUGGGAUUGACUGUCCGUUGUACAGUGCUGAUGGAGGCUGUAACAGACCUUACUGUCACUUCAGACACAAACACAGCAGAUACAGAAGCUCUAUCAGCUCCAUCAGCCAGUCUGAUCCCACCAAACCCAGAGAGGAACCAGCACAUCCCAGCGAGCAAGGCUACGAUCCUUUUAGCCCGGAGGUUCACCGCCCGGAGGAGCAGUGCGAUGGACAGACGGACCUGCUCACGGAUCCGGGGGUCAUGGAGCUGGAACUGGUCAACCGGGCCAUCCAGGCCGUCCAGAGCCAGAUGGAGGAGGACAAGAAGAAGCUCUCUCAGAUGGGGAAGCAGGGGUACAGUCCCGCCGGCGCUUCAUCCUCCUCGUCCUCGUCCCACAGCGCGUACGUUCCAUCCCACAGCGCGUACGAUCCCGGGAGCUAUCAGAUGUCCGAGAGCGCCGAGUACAACCCCACCCCACGCUCCAGGAAAUACACUGUAGACUCAGAGAGCGCUAACCAUGCUAACUCCAUGGAGUACGUUCCUACUGCCGUCUCCAAACCGGCGGUGAAGAGAGCCGCGCCCGCUCCUAAACACGCGUCCUCCUCAAAGAGUAAAUACACGCUGGACGAUUCCAAACCCCCCACCGACAUGGAGUACGACCCGCUCUCCAACUUCUGCGCUAAACCUGCCGGCAAGAGCGCCAGAGACCCGCCGGGCAAGCCGGCCGCCAGGAAACGGGCUCAGAGGCAGGGCGCCGACGAGGAGUACGUACCCGGCCCGAAGAAACCCAGGCCGGUCACGCAACCUCCGAAAUACACGGCCGGGUUCGACUCGGACGACGGAAGCUCCGGAAACGAGUACCGCCCGACCCCGGUGAGGAGGAGAAGCAGCGCCGACUCCAGGGGAGGAGACGCCAAAGAAACCGCGGCGGAGGGUUUCCAAUCUGACGGCUUCGAGACUCUGGAUUCGGAUCACGCGGACGACGAUAAAAAAGCCGCCAAGAACGGCAGCCAGAUCAAAAUCGACCCGCCGAGAAAGCUGAAGAGAGGAACGGUCGAGCUCGUGAGGAAGAGCAGCAGCCAGAAAGAGAAGAAAGGAAUUCUCACCGCGGAGAAGAUCAGCAAGAGUCAGGAGAGCCGGAAAAAGCCAGACAAAAGCCACGACAGGACGCCGGACGAAAAGAUCAAAUCCAAAGAGAAGCCUCCAGAGAAAUCGGUGAAGGACGUGAAGAGCAGGAAACCAGAGAAGAUAAAAGAACGAAGCCGCCGGGAGAAAGAGCGAAGCGGCGACGCCAAGAAGCCGGACAAACUCCCCCAGAGCGGGAAAGAUUCCGGCAAACACAAGGAACCGAGAAACGGGAAACUGGAGGGCGGCAGGUCGGACGGAGACGAGAAGAAGAGCAGGAAGAGCGUCUCACACCUGGAGACCAAGGAGACGAAGAUGAAACCCAAACCGCGCUCCCUGAGCCACGUCGAUCUGUUCGGAGACGAGAGCCCGGAGGAUGAGGAGGAAGACGAGCGGAUCGUCAGGAAGUCCGCCUCCGCGUUCAAACGGACCGAGAGGAUCGCGGAGCCCGCCGCCGCCGAGUCUUCGUCCGAGGAGGACGCCGGACCUGGACAUGACGACGGCGUGGACGUCUCCACGCUGCAGGAGGACGAGGACUACGACUCCGACCCCAUGGAGGAGUGUCUGCGGAUCUUUAACGAGUCCAAAUACGUCAAGACUGAAGAUAAAGGGAGGCAAGCGAAACAGGAGACGGAGGACGACCUGGACACACAGAACCCUUUAACCACGCUCCUCCCCGGCCAGAAGAAAAGAGUCUCACAUUUCAAAGCCAAAGGAAGUGCGGAGUCGUCGCUGAACGUCGUGCCGAAGCCCCAGCGCAGGCUGACGGCGCAGGAGAUGUGUUACCAGCGCAUGCAGAUCGCACAGCAGCAGGCGGCGCAGCUCGCCGUCGCAGCCGCCAAAAGUGCCGCCGCUGCCAAAAGUGCCGCCGCUGCCAAAAGUGCCGCCGGAUCCGGAUCCAGUUCCGGUUCCGGUUCCGGUCCCUUCUCCAGCUCGGCCGGCCAGGGCGAAAGGAGGCGGGUGAUGCACAGGCCGAACCCCGCCCUGAUCCCCGCAAAACCUGUGUCCCCCCGUGCUGUAGCGCCCCCCAGCGGAGCCGCACCGGAUCAGCUGACCGUCAGAGCACACACCUCCGCCUCCAUGCUGUCGAAAACCUCCGUCACCUCAUCACAGAGGAGAGUCGCUCACACCCCCACACUCAAGAGCGCCGCUAUGAAGCGUCCGGUCAUUCCCACAGAAUUCGGAGCAAAAGUUCCAACCAACGUACGGCAGCGCUACCUCAACGUCUUCAUCGACGAGUGUCUGAAGUUCUGCACGUCUGAGGAGGAGGCCUUCAACACCGCUCUGGACGAGGAGAAGCUCGUGUAUGACAGGAGCAGCAGUAAGAACAUCUACCUGAACGUGGCGGUGAACACGCUAAAGAAGCUGCGCAGUAAGAGUGCCACGCCCGCCGCCACCCGUGCCCCGUCAAAGAAGAACGCCGUUCUGCGUCAGAGUCACGAGGAGGUUCUGGGGGGCCGAGCGGCGGCGACGACCAGCUACACCGUCAACCGUAAGGGUAAAGCACAGGAAGUGGAACUGAAAGGUGCUGCCCUCUACAGGAAGUUGAAGGCGUACGUCAUGAGUGAGGAGCUUCUUCAGGAACACGGUUACCCGCGACCACACCCCGAGCGGCUGGGCAGCGCCAUCGUCUUUAACGUCCCCGAGAAGAAGAACACUGACCCUCUGUCCAAGGUCUGCUGCCUCUGCGGAGCCGGGUACAAGGUGAACGCCAAGGGCAGCGUGGUGCGCAAAGAGGAGUGCCAGCACCACUGGGGGCGACUACGCCGCUGCAAAGUAUCUGGAGGUUGGGAGACUCAGUACAACUGCUGCAGUGGUUCGGUGGGGUCCGCUGGAUGUCAGACGACUAAACAACACGUACACGACGGCCGUAAGGAGUCGCUAGACGGCUACGUGAGGACGUUCAAUAAAGCCGCCCCGGCCGACGGGAACGCGGGCGUGUUCGCUCUGGACUGUGAGAUGUGCUACACUAAACUCGGCCUGGAACUGACCAGGGUGACGGUCAUCGACUCCACGCUGAAGGUGAUUUACGACACGUUCGUCAAGCCUGAGAGUAAAGUGGUGGACUACAACACACGGUUCUCGGGUGUGACCGAGGAGGAUCUGGAGAGCGCCACCAUGAGGCUCAGAGACGUGCAGGCUGUUCUACUCAACAUGUUCAGUGCAGAGUCCAUCCUGAUCGGCCACAGCCUGGAGAGUGACCUGUUCGCCCUGAAGCUCAUACACAGUGUGGUGGUGGACACGGCGGUGGUGUUUCCUCACCGGUUGGGUUUACCGUAUAAACGAGCCCUGAGAAACCUGAUGGCCGAUCAUCUGAAGCGCAUCAUCCAGGAUAACGUGGAAGGUCACGACUCCAGUGAAGACGCCGCCGCCUGCAUGGAGCUCAUGAUAUGGAAGCUUAAAGAGGACGCCAAGGUCAAGAGAUGACUUCCUCCUCUCCCGUGUGAGAGAUUAAAAGAGGAGUCAUUAUACAGGAGGCGCUGCUGCUGCUCCUCUCUCUCGGGUCUGUGUGGGGUCCGUUUGGGCCCCGGAGGGACGAGCGAUAGGGAGGAUGAGGGGCCGAGGGGGAGGAGAGACGGUGAGAGACGACGAUUCUGUCGGUGGAUUCACAUCAACAUAAAAAACUCGGUCUUAAUGGCACUCGCUUCUGGAACUCUCUCUGCUCACCAAAACAUCAACCUGUCCAAAUAAUAAUGACUCACUGAUUCAGUAAUUCAGUGACUCAGCAACUCAGUGACUCAGAUUCAGUGACUCAGUGACUCCGCAACUCAGUGAUUUAUUUAUUUCGAUCCUUGUGUCUGACCUGUGUUAGGUGUGUUGACGCUCUGACGAGGUCUCUUCAUGUUGCAUCGUAUUAAAUCAUUAAUUAAAGCUACUAGACGAUGACGACGGGUGUCGGGUAACAACCACAGUGCAGUAACUCGUGCCAGGAUUCACUUACCAGGGCUGCACAGCAUAAACAAACAUAAUAUUUACACGCCUGCACACUGGGAUUCACGAUUCACCCCUAAAAUAAACCAGUAAUUAUUUCAGCUGCUGGGUUUGAAUUCUGGUUCCAGUCUCUGCUGGAGGUGAAAGGUGGAAAAAUCAUCUCAGCUGUACAGUAGCGCCCUCUGCUGGCCAGUCGAGGCUCCUGUGCUAGUACCCGAUGAUCUGGAAAGCUGAUUCAGCUCGCUCGAGACUUGCAGGUGAAACCAUGUGACCGAUGACUUUCCAUGUUGGACUCGUUCUUUCGGUUUAGUCGUAGCCGGUUCCUCUUCCUCUGCUGGAGACCCCGAUGGUGUACGAGGAGGGUAUAUUUUCCUGACACGCCCUCCCUCUGCCACGCCCGCUUCUUAUCCCCCCGUACUUCGGUGGAUCGGUGCGUGAGCUCGGUCUCACACAGGGAGAGUCACGCGCUGAUCUCCACGUUCCUCCACUUCUGUACAGGAGUCUCGGCCUACUAACCAGGGUCCUUACACAGCCUCCAAGACCCCGCCCACUUUCUUUUUAGUCCCGUCUUUUCCCACCCAGCAGACUAGCGGCUGAUUUUAUCUGCUGCAGGGUUAGAAUUUCCCGCUGCUCCACCUACUGCAGUAAAACAGAAUUGGUUUAUAUUGUGCAGCUCUGUGCUUUACUCGUACCCGUAUUUCUGUUUUAUUAUUAUUACUUCAGUCUUUAGUUUUGCUGAAGCUUCUGUUACUGGCGGAUGUGAGGAGUCAUUUAUAGGAUCAGUGUUAAGCAGGACUGACUGCAGUUGUGUUACGUUUUUGUUGAUAUGUGGCAGCCUGUCGUCUGUAUGGAACAAAAUUUUCACACUGACCAGUCUGAGCUCACCCAGUUCACCCAGUAUGGAACGUUAACCUGCCCUGUCUCGGACCCCCUGUGUGACUGACUGGUUUAUCUUAAACCUCACAGCUGUAAAUAUAUUUUCUAUCUCAUUUAGUUUCCUAUUAAACAACUAAAAUCAAAA